AUGUCUGUAAGACAUUGUUUCUCUAUUCGCUUUGUUCAAAUUCUAUUUAAUAAUGAACAUCAUUUAAGAUAUUUAUCAUCUUAUAAAAAGAAAAUUCCAAUGAAUAAUCAAAAAAAAACCAAUCAACCAUCAAUUGCUUCAUUUUUUGCAAAAAAAGAUUCAUCAAUAAUAAAAACACCAAAAAAAGAAACUGAACCACCAUCAAUUCGUAUAGAAAAUAAAGAACUAAUAAAAUCUCCAUCAUCAGAUUCCGAUGAUAAAUCUUUCGUAUUUGCUCCAACAAAACGAUCAAAAAAACGUGUUUUAAGUUUUGAUGAUAGUGAUCAAGAUCAAAAAAGUAAUUCAUCAACGGAAAAUAUGAAAGAAACACCAACAAAGAUUGUUAAACAAAUGAAAAUUAUUGAUACUAAAGUUGAAAUAAAAAAUGAAAAUAAUAAAACAAUUACUCAAAUUGAACAAACAACGACUGUUCCAAUUGAACAGCCAACAACUAUUACAAUUGAACAAAAAAAUGUUACUGAUCCUCAGUCGUAUAAUCCCGGUAAAACAAAUUAUGAUCCAAUCAAUGACGCUUGUUGGAAACUCGAUGACAACGUUCCAUAUAGUGCAUUAUCAUCAACAUUAUUAUUAAUUGAAGAAACAUCAGCUCGUUUAGAAAUAAUUCGUAUAUUAUCAAAUUUUUUUCGUUCAGUUCUUAGUUUAUCAUCAAAUGAUUUAGUUCAUUGCGUUUAUUUAUGUGUUAAUAAAUUAGCACCAGAAUAUGAAGGAAUUGAAUUAGGUAUUGGUGAAACAAUAAUUAUGAAAGCUAUUGCUGAUAGUACUGGACGUACUGUUGAACAAUUAAAAUCAGAUUAUAAAUCUAAAGGAGAUUUAGGUCUUGUUGCUGAGGCAUCUCGUUCAACACAACGUACAAUGUUUAAACCAAAACCAUUAACUGUUUCAUUUGUUUAUAAAAAAUUAAAAGAAAUUGCACAAUUAACAGGAAAUAAAAGUCAACAACGUAAAACUGAUAUAAUUAAAAGUCUUUUAGUUUCUUGUCAAUCUCAUGAAAGUCGUUAUCUUGCUCGAUCAUUAAUUGGUAAACUUCGUAUUGGUUUAGCUGAACAAUCGAUGCUUGUUGCAUUAUCACAUGCAUGUGUUCGUAAUCAAUAUUCGAAUUUAAAAGAAACAGCAUUAAAAGAACGUCUUGAUAAUGGUACACUUGCUAUUAAAGAUGCUUUUUGUCAAUGUCCAUCAUAUGAUAUACUUGUUGAUGCACUUGUUAAUAAAGGUGGAAUUGAAAAAUUAAAAGAUUUAUGUAAAGCAACACCUGGUAUACCAAUGAAACCAAUGUUAGCACAUCCAUCAAAAGGUAUUGAUGAAGUAUUAAAGCGUUGUGGACAAAGUGAAUUUGCUUGUGAAUAUAAAUAUGAUGGAGAACGUGCACAAAUUCAUUUAACUGAAGAUAGAAAAAUUUAUAUUUAUUCAAGAAAUUCAGAAAAUAAUACAUCAAAAUAUCCCGAUAUUAUUGAACGAAUUCAUAAUGCAUUUCAACCUCAUGUUAAAUCUUUAAUUUUGGAUGGUGAAUGUGUUGCUUAUGAUAUUGAACAAAAAAAAUUAUUACCUUUUCAAACAUUAUCAACAAGAAAACGAAAAGUAAUUUUAUUAUCUUCGAAUAAGAUAUUUUUUGAAAAACUUUUGUAAUCCAAACAAGAAAAUUGUUGUUAGAAUUAUUCCUUUUCAAUUAAAAUGUAAAAAAUUGUUUAACAGAAUCGAUUCAACAAACAAAGUUCAAUGAAUAGUUUUCACUUACGUCC